GCGCGCGCGGGGCUCCUCAAGCUCCGGGAUGGAGGGUCAAGGCGGUGGUGGGUCCGUCUCCAACGUGGAGCUCUGUAACUUGGCCUACGCGGGGCGCCUGGAGGAGCUCAAGGAGCGGCUGGCCGCCAACCGGGGCCUGGCGACGCGCGCCGAUCAGGACAAUAGGACAGCUCUACAUUGGGCAUGUUCAGCUGGACAUUCAGAUAUUGUUGACUUUUUGCUAAGCCUGGGAGCACCUGUUAAUGACAAGGAUGAUGCUGGCUGGACCCCUUUGCAUAUUGCUGCGUCAGCUGGCCGAGAUGAAAUUGUGAAAGCUCUCCUUCAGAAAGGAGCUCAGGUGAAUGCCACCAACCAGAAUGGGUGCACCCCUCUGCAUUACGCCGCAUCGAAGAAUAAGCAGGAGAUUGCACUGAUGCUGCUCGAGAGCAAAGCUGAUCCAGAUGCAAAGGAUCACCUGGCCUCGACGCCGUUACACAGAGCAGCAUCCAAAGGAAACCUGAAAAUGAUACAGAUCCUUCUGAAGCACAAAGCUUCAGUCAAUUUGCAGGACUCUGAAGGAAACACAGCUCUCCAUUUAGCUUGCGAUGAAGAGAGAGUGGACGAAGCAAAACUCCUGGUGGCCCAUGGUGCGAGUAUCUAUAUUGAGAACCAAGAAGAAAAAACCCCAUUGCAAGUUGCCAAAGGAGGGCUGGGAUCUAUCCUAAGAAGGCUGGUUGAGGGGUAGCUGCAUUGGGCAACGUGAAUUCCAUUCUUGAUAAAGCUAUUGAAGACUGUUCGUAGAGGGGUU